AUGGAUGACGUGAUCCGCUUCCUCAAGGCCCACAAGGUGAGAGAGCGAUCGAUGGUCGGAAGGGGGAACGGGUGGAGUCACAUGCGAAGUCAUCAAUCAUUAAACCGUGUCUGAUUAUGCCCUGCGAUAUGACUGCUUCCACAUGGCAGGGCCAGGUGAGUAAGACGUUACAUCUCUUUGUGAAGCGUGUGCCUGGCUCAGCGCCAUGCGUCGCUUUUCUCUUUGGCGGGGCAGAUCAUCAAGUACGGCAAAAAGCUGUUCAAGGCCUUCUCGAACAAGAACAAGCAGAAUCAGCAGCAAGGCGGGCAAGGAUACGCCUCGCAACAACACCCAUGGCAACAGCAACAACCAGGCGGCUAUGGAGGAGGAUAUGCGCAAGGACCGCAGCAACAGCAGCAGCCAUGGUCUCCGCCUCAGCAGACUGGCCAUGGUAUGCCCCAGAGUCAUCCUCCGGGUGUCAAGCCUCAUCAUGGAAAGUACGAUGAUAACCAAGUCAGUCCGAGCGCGUUUGCGUCAUCGUAUGUGCGCCUCUGAUACCUGCCAACGAGCUCACCACUUGUGCAUCUCUCCGUGUCAGGUGAACCAAGCUAACGAGCGCUACCAGCAACUGCGAAAUCAGGCUCGGUCGGAAGGUGAUCAGAUGGCAAAGUGCUUUGACGCUUCUCACAAGGCCUACUCAUCUGGCGAUGGAGCGCGAGCAAAGGAGCUGAGCAACGAAGGCAAGAUGCACAAGGAACGUAUGGAGCAGCUGAACCAAGAAGCUUCCGACUGGAUUUACAAGGCUAAUAAUGAGGACAGCGGACCCGAUGAGGUUGGUGAGUGGUGUUGGCUGCGAAAGUCCGACGUUGCUCUUGCAGAAGCUUUCCGUAGCUCGGCUCUGACGUAUCAAGCGCAUACAUUGCUGUCACAAGACUUGCAUGGAUUGUACACUGCAGAGGCCAUCAAGAGGACAGAGCAGGCGGUGCAACAAGCCCAGCAGGCUGGCAAGCCCGAGCUGCGCAUCAUCGUUGGCAAAGGCCUUCACUCAAAGGAUCACGUAGCCCACAUCAAGGUAUGUGCUUGACAACACUUGCAAAUGUGAAGCAUGACUGAGCAGAAUGUCCUGCACUGGUGUCCUUCCCGCGCAGCCCGCCGUCGAAAAGCUCAUGCGAGAGUGAGUCGAUCAGGUAGGUUGAAGCCAGAGCAGAGGCUGACAUCUGGAUCCUGUUCCCACCGCAGCUACAACCUUGCAGCCCACCUCGACCCCCACAAUUCCGGUGUGCUUGUCGUGAAUCUUCAAGGACAUGGAUCUCGCGACGUUGGCAGCUUCACAAGAGAUCUCGCAAAGCAUGCCAGCGGAGACGAGGAGCAAGUGAGUGCAGCGGAUAUGGUGAGAAUGGCGGCACAGGCAAGUUUUGAGCUGACAUCUGGCGUGCACCGCGCGUCGCUAAACCUGGCCCACAGUGCACCAUUAUGUGA